CCAGCUGGAGAAUAAUAACAAUCGGGCAUGGACCAGCGCGCACGGGCUCGAGGUUCGCGCGCGACGAAACCAGCUCGCGAGGUAGCCGGGCUAUGGAAAGUAUGGUCGAGGAAAAUGGAUCAGCUGUCGAUCCGUUAUCCACGGGUUCCCAGAGCGGUGAUGCUGCCCCAGCGAUUGCAACUUCGGUACAAUCUCUCGAUAGAACGCAUCAGCAGCAAACUCACCACCUGGUAGCUUCUACCAGCAUUGUGCAACUGACACUACCUUCGUCAGGAACAACACAGGUGCAAUCAGUCAUACAACCCAAUCAACAAUCUGUAAUACAAACCGCGACGAAUAUACAGCCUGUUGCCAUCUCUAAAGGAAACGUUAUUCUGGUUAGCAAACCUAAUUCUGUCAUACAAACUGCACAGGGGAGUUUGCAGACACUUCAGGUGGUUGAAACCGGUAGCGACGACAGUUUCUCAGAUGAAGACUCACCUAAGAAGAGAAAUAUUCUUACAAGACGACCAUCUUAUAGGAAGAUUCUCAACGAUUUAGGCGGAGGAGAGAUUACAGACGGUCGUUUGCCCCUAGAAUCAUCUUCCGAGUGUGAUUCUAACGUGGACAGUGAAGUGUCUUCCCAUUCGCUCCAUUACCAAACAGUAAUUCCUGCCGGUACUAUUCAAAUUGCGACCCAAGGGGAGGGAGUUCCGGGGCUUCACACAUUAACUAUGAGCAACGCGGCGACAGCGGGUGGAGCUAUAGUGCAGUAUGCACAGGGCCAGGAUACUCAAUUUUUUGUCCCAGCUUACACAGGUCAUGGAGUUGUAGUGGAAGAUGCGGCGCGAAAGAGGGAAUUAAGGUUGCUUAAGAACAGGGAGGCGGCACGUGAAUGUAGAAGAAAGAAGAAGGAAUAUAUAAAGUGCUUAGAGAAUCGUGUUGCGGUAUUGGAGAACAGGAAUCAGACGUUAAUCGACGAACUGAAAUCAUUAAAAGAACUAUAUCAGCAGAAAACCGACUGAGAUUGGUAUAUGAAGUUUAUGCAACAGUGUAUCAAAACUAUUAUCCAGGCGAAGAAUCUGUACAUGUCUUGUUUGUGUACAUUAUCCUAAAUGUUACUAGGGGUAAGUGAUGGUGAUGUACAUGCAUUCUUAUAGAUAAGCGUUUCUCUGUAACAUACUGUAUUUAAGUAACGAAUAUGAAGGCUUGUGAAACUUGCUAUUACUAAAGCGGGAAGCCAAAGUUAUAUGAGACACGGAGGCAGCAAACAUGUAGGCAAUAUUUGGUAUAUCAAUCUCUAUUUUUUGGAUAAAUAUAAUAGCUUAUUCUGUAUAAGCUUAUUCGGAAUCUACAUAUUGGACGAAAUUUCGAUUUCAUAGUCUCGAAUAUUUGGAUCACAGUAAUAACUUUUAACUGGCGUAUUCAUGUUUGUUUAGUACUCACUGUUUACUGCCCGUUUGUAUCAGAUAAAGACGUGCCUUGCUUCAUCGAGAUACAUUUUUCACAAUUUAUUUUAUGCUAAAAAUCAGCUAUUUAAUGAGCAUAAUAAAAUUUAAAAGCGUCUCUUUUCAAUAGGAAUAUUUGUGGAAAUUGUACCAUGGAAAGUGCGAAAGCAAGACACGUUUUCUUCUACUAUUGAAACGGGUUUUUAAGACAAGAUCUGUGUUUUAAAGUAAUGAAACCAUUUAUAUGUUGGUUUCAUAAAAAAUUGGGAAGCAUGCAAUGCAACGCUGGAAAAGAUUCGCUUCUAAGCUUAUUUUAAAAUUGAAUAUUCCAUGAAUCUUGACAUCGUACAUAGAAAAUUAUAAGAGUAGUUACAUGAUAAUGAAAUUUGAAAGCGGUAUAAGAAAAAGAAAGAAAAAAAAAAGAAAAAAAACGCAUCUCUCCAAUUUUCAUGUCUGCAUCGCUUUUCCGUUUGUUGUAUAAAUACGCGUACACAGAGCGAUAUUAUAUCGCUUUUUAUAAUUAGUAAAAUAAUUUCUAUUUUGCGUCUCGUCAAAAUGCCCCGUUCAUCAAAUGCUGGACAACACAACACUUGUAAAAUAUGAAUGUAAUAUACAUCAGGAGUGCCUUGAA